AUGAAGAGUGUGUACAAACCUCGUGAAGUGCUGACACUAUUACUUACAGUGCUGUUUUUUCUGGUAACUCCAAGUAUUUCUGAAAAUCCAAACGGAUUACCCGACCGCACACCUGUUAUCAACACCCGUUACGGCCAAGUGCAAGGCUUGUACCAGACGGUACUCAACGGAGAAAAGAUAGCCACGUACUUUGGCAUCCCGUACGCCACGGCACCCGUCGCCAGUAACCGUUUAAGCCCCACCCGCGCCAGCACCCAAUGGCAACGGGUGCUGCAGGCCGACUCCCACGGGCCAGCCUGCCCGCAGGUCCCCCCCGCGGCCUACGCUCAUCUGCUGAGAAGGCAGAGCGAGAAUUGCCUGCACCUUAACCUCUAUGUGCCAGUUGGAGUGAAGGCAGCGCCGGUGCUGGUGGUGGUGCCCGGGGAGUCAUACGAGUGGGGGGCGGCAAGCCUGUACGACGCAUCGCUGCUGGCCGCGCGAGGACGCUUCUUGGUCGUCACCUUCAACUACAGGCUCGGCAUACUGGGUUUCCUGAACCCGUUACGCGAAGGUCAAAAGCACAACACGGUGGUGAACUACGGCCUGCUCGACCAGAUCGCCGCCCUCCAGUGGGUGCAGGAGAACAUUGCGCGAUUCGGCGGCGACCCAAACAACGUUACAGUCAUGGGCCGGGGCAGAGCGGCGGCCUGCAUAGCCUUCCUCGUCAUCUCCCCUGCCAAUGCAGCGAAGCUGUUCCAGCGAGCCAUUCUGAUGUCAGGCACGGCGCUGAGCCCGUGGUCGGUGGUGGCCAGUCCCAGGCACUUCGCUGAAGAGGUGGGACGGCAGCUCAACUGUGGCCUCACACAGCGAUCCUUCCGCCACGACCUUCUCUACAUGUGCCUCAGGAACAGGACUCUGGACCAGAUCCUGAAGGUUCAACUGGAAAGUCCGCAGUUCCUGAGCGCCCUGGGACCGACGAUCGACGGCGUGACCAUCCCCAGUGACUGGAAGCAGCGACUGGCCAAAAUUAGCGAAGAAGGCAGGUCUCCCGUAGACCUCCUGAUAGGCGUGGCAGAGGACGACGUGUACGACAUCUUCAACAGGGCGCAGUAUGUGAACGGCUUCCCGACAGACGUACGAGACAGGAUCUUCCGUACCUACGUCACAAAUACCUUCAACUACCAUCUUCAGGAAUUACUGCUCACCAUCACCGCUCACUACACUGACUGGGCCCACCCUGCCCACCCUCCCCUCACCACACGUCAGCUCACCAUGGAGGCUCUGCAAGAUUCAUCACUAGUCGCACCAUGCAUCACCACAGCCAUCAGACUGACUGCACCACACCGCACCACAUAUUUCUACGUCAUGGAGGCCACACUUGGUCCUGAGGUGCCACUACUGGAGAUGGCUCUGGUACUUGGUGCCCCGCUAGGCACGCCGUACCCCCUGGUCUCGCGUACCAAUUAUUCUCUGGACGAAAUGUCACUGAGCUCCGCCGUCAUCAGCUUCUGGAGCAACUUUAUCAGGACCGGCAAUCCGAACGACCCCGCGCUCGCUGAGCUCAGCAGAGAAGCGCCAGGGCGACCUCCUUACCGAACACCUCAAUGGGAACUCUUCGACCCUAUCAACCGGCGGUACCUGGAACUCGGUCUCCAGCGGGCUCGUCUGAGGUCUCACUACCGGUCCAGUCGGGUGGCGCUAUGGACAUGGCUUCUACCUGCUCUGGAGGGGGUUGGUGCCCGACACGGACCGGACUCCCCCUACCAUACCCUGCCGGACCAUCACCGACACGACACCUUCUCCGGUCCCACCAGACCGAGACCGCUGCUACCACCUACCACCAUGCCUACCACCUCGACAGUUCACCCUGGUCUCCUGGACGCUGAACUCCAAGGCUUGGACCCUCACGGGGUUGGGGUUGGAAGUAACCGCAGUAAACCAGGCGAAGGGGAGUGGCUGCAAGCGGCAACGGGUCCACAAUCCCCAAUGGACAAGCAUGAUCCCCAAGAAGGAGCAGGAGUUUUGUCCUAUUCCACGACUCUGAGUCUCACGGCUGCUCUAGGAGUCUCUCUUCUACUCCUAAACGCCCUCGUGCUCGCCACAGUUCACUGCAGAAAAGCAAAUAAUUCAGGGUCGAAGCGAUCGAAUGAAAACAGCGAUAGUGUUGGUAUGGCACUCUCAAUCCCGUCACCGUCUCAUUGCGGGACACUUCGGUCUUCUUCCACCUUGAGAUCAAUCGCACCUACAUCAUUUUCACCUCCAGACUGCGCAACCUAUUCACCUUCCCCCGAUUGUCCUCCUGAAUACACGACGUGCGGGAAACAAUCCACAUUCAUACAAGGAACUCCAAUCCACCUCUCACAUAUAACAGAACAAAACACCAUCUACCGACACGCUGCUUCACCUCCUCCUCCACCGACUGUACCACAAGCCGCUCCGCCACAAGAACUCCAGUACCAUGCUAACCAGACUGUACCAGACAUACAUACCUCCCCAUACCAACAACAACAGCAGCAACAGUUCAUACAGUCCCAAUACAUGCAGCAGCAAAGGGAAGAUCCUAACAAAAUGACCAUGAGAUUGGGUAACACGGGACAGCAGCUGCAACAACAGCAGCAACAGCAGUCGUCGCCGCAGCUCUCGAGCGCCGUCCAAUGUUAAUGAUGUCAUCUACGAGAAAAAUUACGGUCAUGUAAGCUCUACUUAAGCAAGAACCGACGGGCUAAUCUUGCAGACGAAGAGCUAACAGUUUUCUCGAGGACUAGCUCUCAUGCAAGCCACCUUACAACCGAUAGAGAACCUGAUUUUAAAUCUAUUGGAAGUAGAUAUAUAUUGGAAAAUGCUGUGAACGCGUGUAACUAAUAGGUGGCACGAGCAUGUCAAUGAAAAAAAGAAUCUGUGCAUUGAAGCUAUAAAAUCUUUAAAACUUAUACCUGUAAAGCCAA